AUGGAUCAUGUCUCCCAUUUAGCCCCCCGCCAGAUCUGGGCGAACCCGACAACGACCACAACGAGGUCUUAUGCGCCAGGCUGUACGCCUGUCGUCUUACCCAGUGAUGGCGUCGUAUAUCUCAACAAAUCAUUCGCUAUUACACUUAGUGAGAAUGCCGUCUUCGAGCCUAUCUGCACGGGCUCUCCUACCGAUGAAGUCCACGUCUCCGCCGUCCUCGAUACCCGCGACCCUUUCUACUCCUCCAUUACGCCACAACUAUACGCCAUCGGCUGUGCGACCGUUGUCAGCUACCUCCUCGUCAUAAUUCUCCUCAUCACCCCACGCACAUUCUACGUUGGCGGCCCAGGUGGCGGUGCCAAUUUCCUCGGACGUCAUGGCAUGAUCAGCGGGUCGUACAGCGGAAACUCAUCGGUAGUCGGCGUCGGUGGACGGCCAUGGCUACAGAAAGUCGCCGCAAUACUCGUGGCAAUAUCAUUGACUAUCGCAACGGUUGAUUCCUUCAAAGUCGCGGAGCGCCAGUACAACUAUGGGUUUUCCGACGCCGAGGCGCUUUCCGAGGAGGUGAUCGACGGCCUGGAAAUCCGAGUCGUGCGCGUGAUCUCUAGUACAUUCCUAUGGCUUGCGCAGGUGCAGACGCUGAUUAGAUUGUUCCCGCGACAUAAGGAAAAAGUGAUGAUCAAAUGGGCUGGGUUUGCGUUGAUUGUGCUGGAUACGACGUUCAGUAUAUUGGAGAAUUUCUGGGUAAGGAGUUCAUCGACUCGGCCCAGACUAUACGAUGAUGCGAUUCCUGCCCUGAGCUACUUGUUUGAGUUGUCGCUCAAUCUGCUUUAUGCUGCUUGGGUCAUUUUCUACUCGAUCUCUAAGCAUCGGUACGCUUUCUUUCACCCAAAGAUGCGCAACAUAUGCUUGGUGGCUCUUUUGUCGUUAUGUGCGAUUUUGAUACCAGUGGUUUUCUUUGUUCUGGAUAUUGCCAGACCGGAAAUUGCUGGUUGGGGUACUUAUAUUCGAUGGGUAGGAUCCGCCGCAGCCAGUGUGGUUGUAUGGGAGUGGGUGGAACGCAUUGAAGCGCUGGAAAGAGAUGAGACCAAAGACGGUAUUUUGGGAAGAGAAGUGUUUGACGGCGACGAAAUGCUCGAGGUCACUCCGUCCGAAGAAGUUGACUGGCCGCGUUAUCAGUCACAGGGCAAUGGCCGAGGUGGCGGUAAUGGUGCAUCAUCUGGUUGGGGCGGCGUUAUGGGCUUGGCCCAUCGCCCUCUACGAGCCAGGGCGGUAUUACCCCGUGUUAACCGCAACAGAGGCGCUGGAGCCCCGGCAUACCACCAGGCCACAGCCACAGCACCGCGGGGUCCAAACAACAACCGCCCAACACCUCCUCCGGCGGCUAUCACACCGGUCAGCCGCGCUGAUACCACCAGUGCAGCGAGUACAGUGUACAAUGUCAGGUACCAUCCAGUUGCUAGCCCUACACCCCCAGUCGCCAUGCCUCACAUGGAAGAAGAAGAGGAACUAGUGGAAGAUAAAGAAUUGGAGGAAGGAGAAGAGCAAAACCCAGAGACGAAUGCGAGCCGUCUCUCUGCUCAAAACACCCGAGAACAGUCGCCACAGAUUGUCCAGGCUGAUCCCCGAUGGCAUGCUCUCCUCUUUCCCUUCAAAAGGCGACGUGCUUCUCUGCCCAAGGAAGUGGCAUCUGCACAAGCGGGCGAAGAGCCAUCGGAGCACAGGCCAUCCGUUGCAACAGGGGAAGAUGGAGAGACAGAAGCAAAUAAUGCCCGGUCUCGAUCCGACCAUUUCUUUUCCAUCCGCAAACCAGGGUCGCAAAACAACGACGGCCCAUUACCAGUUACUGUCAUUCCAGCGCGCCGACGCGGCCAACAUACAUGGUCUCCAGAGAAUCGACUGCUGGGGGAAAAUCGGCCAGCAGGAGAAAGUCGGCCAGUUGAGCAGUCUGCACAUCACGCAACACCUUCCAGUCGACCCGGUCUACCAGUCCGAGUCAUCCCUUCCCAGCCUCACGCAUCCGCUCCGUGGACAGACGCAGAUGUGGAGCGAGGAGGCGGAGAUUACGUUCUACACUAUGACCCCGAAACUGCCGCGCUGGUCGAUGAGGAUGUUAGCCACGGGACUCAAAACCAGACUGUCACAGAAUACGACCAACGAAGUUGGACAGAUUCCACGAUCUCCGAAGAAAGGAACAAUGUAUCAGAGCAGAACGAGCAAUUCCAUGCUGCACCCCAAACUCCACAUUCUGCGGGGCAUGGGCCUUCCAAUCAGCAUGGCAGCUCAUAA